ACCCAACCCUAAGUUCUUCCCCUUGUCAGUGUCCUCUUUCAUCAUUCUUGACUUGAAUUGAUUAGAUGAUUUCUCUUGAUCUCUCGUUGAAUUUUUAGAUUCAUCAAUGUUAUUCUUUCUUACGCCGAGUAAAUAAUAUUUUAUCGAGCAGUCUUCCGCGUAGAAACAUUUUCUAUUCAUUGCGUAUUUUCCUGAAGUGUAAACAAAAUAUGUUCGAGGAUAACCGACACAUGAAAUCGUACCUCAGAUGAAUAAGAAUCAAGAAAACAUGGUUUCACUAAGUCAUAUUCGCAGCUAAACUGUACUCAGGUUUGUAUCAGAAUAAGUUACUUUUAUUCAUAGUUUAUUAUAAAUCUACGUAUAUUGUUACUUUGAUUCCUCUCACAAAGAUCGCUGAUAAGGAGGACGCUGUCUGGAAACCUCCACGCGGCCGCUCAUCUACGUUAAUCUUUAGUUUGUUUAGAGUUUUUUUCAGCCAUAUUUUCAGACUAUAAGUAUAAUAGAUUGGACACGUAAAAAAAUGCGAACUUAUAAAUUGAAGAUGUAUUCGGUUGUUUCAAUGAGAACAGAAUGCAAAAAUGAAUGCUUGGCAGAACUGUUCCGAUUUAAGAGAUGCCGUUCCACUCUCCAAAUCUCACGGAUUAUAUUUGAAACCGGUCGCCCAGCUGCACAUUUCAGUUUACCUACCGCAAUUGAAAGCUUCAGCCAGAUCCGUUUCAAAUGCAGAAAUCGUCGAAAAACUCAAGCAACGUAUCCGACCUGAAGAAUUCACAUCAAUUAAAGUUUCCAAAAGUACUCUACAAUUCAUUCGUUUUGAUGGCGAAAUUGAAAGCAAAAGUAAAUUACCGUUGGUGCUCGCGUAUUUGGAUAAUAAAACGAUCAAAGUUCCUGGAUUUUCUGAAUUGUUGAAAAUUCGCGCCGUGGAAGCGAAACCGGAUUUCCCUUCUAAAUAUGAUUGGGAUUCUUUUUUUCGAGACGCUAAAGAUAUGAAUGAAAUGAAAGUCGGCGAACGACCGGAUACUAUUUAUUUAGCAAAUUUACCUUGCAAAUGGUUCACUUAUAAUGCUAACGAUGAAAAACCUAGUGAAAGAUUGAUGGGUAAAAUUUUCGAACAAUUUGGUGAAGUGUCGAGGAUCGAUAUUCCUAUGCUGGAUCCGUUUAGACAUCAAAUGAACACGAAUAUAUCGGGAAUUAAACAAUUCACGUUUAAUCAGAAUGUCAUUUUUGAAGCUUACGUUCAAUUCAAGGAGUAUUUUUGUUUCGUUAAAGCUAUGGAUGCGUUUAGAGGCAUGAAACUAGUACACAUGGAUGAGAAGAAAAAUGCUUUCAUGGCUUCGAUUAAGGUGGAUUUUGACAAAUCUAAACAUCUCAGUGAUGCGUCCUUCCGAAGAAGGCAGAUAGUUCGUGAACGUUUGGAAAAGAAAGAAAAAGAAGCCCUAGAGAAAAGAAUGAAAGAACGCGAAGAAGAGGAAAAACGUAAAGAAGCUGAAAGGUUAAAGCAAUUAGAGCGACGAAAACAACGCGAAGAGAAACGUAAACAGAAACAAAUCGAGAAACUCAAGCUGAAAGAGAUGGACAAUAUCAAUGAGAAGAUUGCUGUUGAAGAAUACUUAUUAUUAAUGGCGCAGAGAAAAUUGGAGUCGAUUCGUUUAUUAGGAGAACUUAUUAAUCGCGUUAAAAAUGAAAAAGAAAAAGAGCUAGAACUUUCAUCCGGUAGUAAAGAAAAAAAGAAACAUAAGCACGACGGUAAAACUAACGAUGAUGAUCCAGUUUCGAAAAAAAAUAAAUUAUCAUCAUCAUCUGAAACCCAGAUAGAUACCGAAAAAGAUCUACGAUUCAAAUUGAUUCAAAAGUUUAAAAAAAUGCAAGAGCGUCAAAUAGCUAGAGAAACUACUAAAUUGAAAUCUCUUAUAUCAGAAGCUACCCAACUUUCAAAAAAUGCCACCAGAACCUCUUCGGUAUCCUCAGAUACAGCAUCGGAAAAUGAAUACCGUAAUAAUAGAGCAGAUGAUAGAUAUCGAUUACACGACGAUAACGAUCCUCAUUACUACAACACUUCCGGAAAUCGCAGAAUGGGUCGCAGAUUUAAUCGCAACGGUCGUGGUCGUAACGAUUCUAAUUUUAACCAACCAAAUGACGAUUUUCAAAACUCACGCGGUAGAUUUCCUCGCGGUCGUCGUACUUUCGGUCGUCAACCGUAUCAGAACUCGUGGCGAGGAGGGUAUCACAAUCAAUACAUGGUACCUUUCAUGGAUCCCAUGUUGUUAUCUUACUCGCACGAGUAUUAUAAAUAUUUACAAAAAUUAGCCCGAGAUUCGAAACGUUCUAGACGUAGUUCUACUCGCAGCUAUUCCAGGAGUAGAUCUAGGUCGUAUUCUAGAAGUCGUUCGAGAUCGUACUCUCGAUCUUAUUCGAGAUCGUACUCGAGAAGUAGGUCGAGAUCGAGAUCAAGAUCUAGACGUUCGUACAGGAGCAGCUCUCGAUCCAGAUCACGAGAUCGUUCGCGAUAUUCGAGAUCGGUCAGUAAACAGAAACACGCAGAAAAUGUCGAUCCUGCGAAACAACCAGAUCCCGUUCCAGAUACAGUUCCAGAAAGUGAAACACCUAAGGACGAUAAAAGUAGUAGUAGUGUAAAAAAGCAUAAAAAAGAGAAGAAAGUGAAACAUAAAAAGAAGAAGAAAUCGAAAAGUGAUGAGAGAAAAGAAGAAUCGAAAAGUGAUGACAAAAAAGAAGAGUCGAAUGCGUAAUGUUACUUAUUCGGAUAUUCGAAUUAGAAGCGUUAUUAUGUUUAAUUUUUUUAACGAUUUUGUAAUUUUUUUUGUUUAUUGUGAUCUUUUGUCGUAAAAUGUACCAAUUUUAUCGAAUUUUAAUGCCUUCGUUUGGUUCGCGUAUCUACCUAUUCAUGAGUUAGAGUUAUUCGAUUUAAAUUUUGGUAUUUUUUUAUAAAGUAAAUAAUCAUGACGUCA